AUGGCGCCUCUCCCUGAUAAUGCCGACUACGAGGCUGGCGAAACGUUUGGAUAUGUACCAAUUCAUUGGUCCGAUGCUGGAAAUCGCGAAUACAAUGACAGAGGACACAGGUCUGAAGACGUUCCACAAGGUCUUCCAGAAGCUCCGGCCGAGGUACGACAUCUGAAAAUGUAA